UUAUGUCACUAUCGCUGUUUGCAUGUAGACGCAGCCAAUCUCUUCCCUAUGACGCCGGCGAGGCUGGGCUCAGACGGGUUUGAUCAUAAUAUUUAACACACCCACCCAGUAAGAGCACGAUAUUAGUUCGACUGAGAAGUAUAACAGCCACGGGACAAGUGGAAGCGAAAAUCUCUGCACCUGCCAAGCGGUGUAGCCUACUGGCUCUGCUGUUCCUUGAACGGAAAGACGGAGACGGGGGAUUUAUACAUUUGACAGGAUCUGGCCUAGGCUUGCAUCCAGGUAUCUUCAGCUGACAAAGCGUCACAUGUUUUUUUUUUUAAAUCUCUUCGAUUUUUUUGCGUUGCUUUUCUUUAACGCAUUUUUUGUGCCUGUUGCUAUUUCCUACAAGGACUGUGGCUACAUUUUUUAAAUCUGAAAUUGAAUAAAGAAUGUCCCUCGGACUUUUAACAAAAAUGACGAUUGGACAGCAUUGACACGUUUUUAUGCUCAGCAUUGCAUGUUCUGAGGAUGGAACAGUGCUUUCGCAACACAAUUGUGCUAAAACACGUUUAAAAUUCCCUAAACUAUUCACUGCUAUUACGAUUAGAUAUUGUUUUGUGUCGUAUUCAGAAUAGCCACAGACCUAUUUGCUUUAAGGUGCCUGCUCUCCGCAAUGAGUCGGCAUGUCCAUCUGGCUGAAUAUGAAUCAUUCAGUCUUUUCUAAAAGACCAGCGCUCUGUGCGUAAACAUGGAGUUUCUGAUAUAACACGGAUUAUGUUUGGAAUGACCAGAAAAAAAUAGCAAAAUUAUCUACAUUGGGUUUUUGCUCCAUAUUUCACAUGUACUAUACUUUUUAUAUAUAUAUCGGUGUUGUGCGCUGCUUUUAUGGUUUAGUGAUAUAACAACAACUACUUAGAAGUGAAUCCUGUACAAAAUGAUCAAGAUGAUACUGUUUCGUAAAUUUCGAGUUUUGAUACUCAUGGUGUUUUUGGUGGCGUGCACCAUGCACAUUAUGAUAGACUUGCUCCCAAAACUAGAGAAGCGAGCGGCGGGACCGGAAACCGGCAAAGGUGGCUGCCAGUGCACUCACAACCCGAGCGAGGAGGCCGGGAGCUGGGGGAAGCAACGCGCUAGGUCGGUGGCGGAACCGGGCUGGCCUAACAAACACACGCUGAGAAUCCUGCAAGAUUUUAGCAACGAGCCGAGCUCAAACCUCACGUCCCAUUCCCUGGAAAAAAUCACUGCCGCUGGGGAGAGAACGGAGUCUUUCAAACGAAUGAAACAGUACGACGGGGCAGCGGAUAACCAGAAGCCGCUCAUCAGAGACGCCAGCGGGGGUAAGACCGUUGCUGCGACCGGUAUCUUCCGGCUGCCGUCUCUGUUCGAGCACCCUUUAUACAAGACGGACCUGCCGACCCUCACAGACGACGACACCUUGUUCAACGUCAAUACUGACAUCAGGUUAUAUCCGAAAGCAGCGGGGAAUCAAGAAUGGCACAAUGAAGCUAACGUGGAAGAGGAGGAGUACCCCCCUACAGGGGAGGUGACAGCCGAGUCCUACCCCAACUGGCUUCGCUUCCACAUCGGUAUCAACCGCUACGAACUCUACUCCAGACACAACCCUGUCCUGGACUCCCUGCUGAAGGAUCUGGUCACCCAGAGGAUCACCAGUGUGGUCAUGAAGUCAGGAGGAACUCAACUGAAGCUCAUCAUGACCUUCCAUAACUACGGACAGGCGCUGUUCAAGCCCAUGAACAGGACAGGAAAAUGGUUCAGUUCACACACUCAAGAGAACAUCCCUGGUCAUCCCUACUGCCUCUUAUCUGGUGGACUCACUAAACAGAGAACAUCCCUGGUCAUCCCUACUGCCUCUUAUCUGGUGGACUCACUAAACAGAGAACAUCCCUGGUCAUCCCUACUGCCUCUUAUCUGGUGGACUCACUAAACACACAUGCUUCAUUUGUAAAUGAUGUGUUGGAGUGUGCCCCUAGUAUCAUUAAAUAAAAAACAA